AUGUCAGUGCAAGGAAGAUUUUUCCUUGGAUUAAUUUUGGUGACAGUGUGGACAGUUGAAGGUAAGUAAAAUUAUGAUUCGUUUGUGUUGUUCUCUCGUAAGGUUUUUUUUGUAGUCAUAUUAAAGCAGCUUUGGUCUAGAACAAAAUAAUUCAUUUGUAUGGCCAAUCACAUUAUUUUGAGUGCAGUUGAUAAUAAAUUUGCACCAAUUAAUUUGUCGUUGACAAGCAAAAUGUUGGGGAUAAAUUGAGUCGCUUUUAGCCAAUCGAAAUGCAGUGUGUGCUUAUCUUCUUGUAGCAUGAUAUACAUCAGCCGCUACCAUAAGAUGUCUGGGAAAUCUAUCAAACAAACCCGUAUUUCAUCAGUAUUAGAUCUUUACGUAUUACCAACCUUUUUUAUUGUUUCCUUCAAAAAGUUGUAAGAUAAUCUAGGACGGGUUACUCCGUCCUUUCAGUCAGGUCCAAUUACUAAAUAGCGAGUCUUUCCUUGCUAGCGUUCCUUUCAGAACCUUGCCGUAAACCAAACAAGCUUCUUAAUUAAGCACAACUGAAUCAAUCCAAAGCUUCAUUAAUCAUUUAAAUAACAGUUAGUUAAUUCCCCUUAUUCUAAAAACGCAACGUCGACAAAUGUUAAGUUUUCAACUAUAACUAUGAGCGGGGAGUUUGUUCUCAACGGUUGGGUUUGAUUGGCUCUUUGUGAGUCUCUAUGUUUGUCAACCAAUCAAAAUGCAACUGAUUUCCUUUGUUUUUCUGCAUUGGUUUACCUCGUUGCCAACGGCGCUACUUUUUAAAGAACUGAAACUCAGACAAACAAAAUGAAAUAAUUAUUAACGAAUUCCUCUCGUUUGUUUGGCUUUUGUCAUAAACAUAUAUUACUUUUGACUCAUUAAAAUAACAAAAGUGACAAAAGUCAAACAAAUGUUGCCAAUUAAUUACUCUGAAGUCUUUUUAGCGAUCUGUUUAUCAUGAAUGGUCACUAUUAACGGAGCUUACGCUUACAAAAAAAUACCUAAAUACACGAUCGAUCAUGACAUGACUUUAUUGCAAGUGAUCAUCAGCCGAUAUAAUAUAUAAAAAAAAAAAAUCAAUUCUCAUCUGAUGCUACAGAACCGAAGACAAUUUUCAUUUGUAAAAAGAUUUUGAGCGUCUCAAGUUAGCCUGUCAAGAGAGUAAAAUUUGUGGGAGUUUCAACAUUUGAUUUUCGUACAUUUAUUUACAGUUGUUCAACCGUGUUUGUUUUCUGUUAAUGGCUCCAGUGGGUUCAUCAGCUCCAGUGGAGUUAAGUACUACGACCAUACAUGUACAUGGAUCAUCACUGUACCAUCUAACCACACCGUCAAACUGAAAUUUACGAUAUUUCGUCUCUCUAGUGAUCGAUGGCUACCUAGUGGAAUCUGGGUUGGUCAAGCUAAGAUCCACGUCCAUGACGGAAAAAGGAAAAGUGAUACCGUACUGGGAGUUUUUACUGGGGAAAGACAGCCCUUCAUCAUACAAGCAAGUGGUCGGUUCAUGAUGUUCACUUUACAAAAAGAUUAUUUCGCCCCUUGUAACUUUAAGGGAACUUUUAUAAGUUCAAGAAAAGGUAAGUGGAAGUAA